GCCGCCCGGGAGCCGGCGCUGCGUCUACGGAGGAAGGCGGGCCGGAGUGCCACGUGACGCUAUCCGGCCAGCCAAUGAAUCAUCGCAAUGCAGAAUUUCGAAUGUGGCGGCGGUAGCUGCCGGCUGCGCGGCUGAGCGGGAGGCUGCAUCGGCUAGUUCGGACCUGAGUAGCCGAGAUGAGUUUCACGAUGUAGCCCAAGUUUAAAUCUAUGAUCCACCUGCCUUAGCCUCUUUAGUAGCUUGGAUUAUUCUACAACACCUGACUAUUAAUAUUUCUAAGUCAAAAAAUCAAAAUUAUUGCUUUUUUUGAAACAAAGAUGGUUAAGGAAAGGUGUCAGAAAAGGUCCUUUCAAGAUACUCUUGAAGACAUUAAGAAGCGAAUGAAAGAAAAAAGGAAUAAAAACUUGUCAGAGAUUGGCAAACGCAAGUCCUUUAUUGUUGCAUCGAGCCAAGUACCCACUGACACUUCUACACUGCUGAAAUCUUACCAAAAUAACAACAGGUUGUUGGUUUUGGCUUUGGAAAAUGAAAAAUCCAAAGUGAGAGAAGCACAGGAUAUCAUUCUACAGCUGAGAAGAGAAUGCUACUACCUGACAUGUCAGCUACAUACAUUGAAAGAGAAGCUGAGUGCCCGACAAAGGGAAGACACUGCUCAGAACUGGGAAGGAUGUCCCUCAGAAGUGGUCUCCAGCAUUGACAAUACAACCAGGGACUUGUCUGUGAAGACCUUACGGCAAAUUGCUCUUGAAGAAACUCAUUGUUCCUACCAAACCACAGAACCAAGUCCUACUGUUACUCCAGAGACACUGGGUUGCAAUUUUGAUUCAGGUAAAGUUGAGUCUACUGAUGAAGUCUUACCAAGAACUGUAUCUUUCCGUCGCCGCUUAAGGAAAGAUUUUAGUAAUGUAAGUCAUUCUACUGCUUUGGAGGAUUGUAAAGCCAGUCCAAGAGUGGCACAGUCCUUGGAAGUUAAAGAAAGUAUAUGUAGAGACCUAGCUAUAACCCUGCAUAGACUUGAAAGUGUAGAACAAAAUGUUUGUCUGUGGAACAAAGACCAAAUUAACUUAUGCUCUGGACUGAUUGACCCAGCAGAGAUUACUAAAACACAAGAAGUCAUUUUAUCAUCUAAACCUGAACUAAUACAAAGCAAGCAUAAGCGUGCACAAAAAAGAAGAGCAGAGCAAAGAAGAGCCAACCAGAGAUGCAAAUCAAAAUCCUCAUUGAGGAGUAAGGGCAACAAGGACAAAGAGAAGCAGGCUUUACCCCCUACUACACUGCAUGGGUAUAUUGGUUCCAGUGAUGCUUACGAUUUUAAUCUAAAAGAGAGUGUUCACCACACCCCUUUCCGACAAAAUAUGAGCAAUGACUCCAACAGAGAAACCAACAGCAGCAACUCAGAAGUGAGUGCCCUUGAAAGCAGUACCUCAGAGAAUGAGUCUGAUGACCUCUACCUACCUCCAUACAAGCACUUGCAAGACUACACAGAGUCAGAUAGACCAGUUACCAGGCCUCGGUCUAAAAGAGGACUUAAGUACCCAGAUGAAAAAGAAAUGGAGGAGAUGCUGCCAUUUACAGCUCCUACUGGUACCCCACCUGAGACUCAAGAGUCACCUCAUUGUAGCCUAAAGGAUGUCACCAAUAUCCUGCAGCGUCCUAUAGUGAAAAUCAAGAAACUUUCUCUGGCUCCAAAAUGUCAUCAAGACAGCCCAGCAGUGUCUCUGCCUAAACGCAGGUGUAGCACCAUCACAAGCUAUAAAGAGCCAACACUCUCCUCGAAGCUAAGAAGAGGGGACCCUUUCACAGACUUGUGUUUCUUGAACUCUCCUGUUUUCAAGCAGAAAAAGGGUAUGAGAUGUCUCAAAAGAACAACAAAGCAAACACAAUAACUUCUUUGAUUAGAUACUGUUGAAGGCGAUCCUUCUUUUCCACCUAAUAGAGUGUUAUGAGACAGUGCUCAAUAGGCAGAACCAUCCCUUAUCCGGCUCUGGGUCAGGAGGGUCCCUUGGACAAAUACUUUGUAUGGAUUACUACCAACAGCUAAAACUUCUCCAGCAUCUUUUUUACAGUGUAGAAAACUUACAUAGGAUGUAGAUCUUUCAUAAACCCUUACAUCAAGACAUACCAUAAGUGCGUGAGGAUCCCUUCUGUCAUAGUGAUUCUCCCUGUAAAAUGAGUAUCAAGUGUGAAUUAAUGAAUUGGGUUCUGGAACAAGGUAACUGUUGUGAACUGUGAGUGCUAUUCCUCAGCAGAAUAACAACAUGUCAUGGACCUCAGGCUAGCCCUUCGUGUAGUCAGUCUACAGUGUAAAGGUGUGAAUAAGGGCUUUUGGUUUUGAUCUAUGAACAAAAUAAAAGUAUCCAGUUCAGGAAAUUGAAUCUUUAUGUAUGUGUGUCUUUAAAAUUAAGUCAUUGUAACUGGCCCAUUGUUAAAGAUGAAGCCUAUGAUGACUACCAUUGUGUUUUCCUUCUGCUUCUAAUGGUCAGGUACUCUUGAUCAUCUUCCUUUCUGGCCUUCACUCCCAUCUUAGCUGGAACCUCUUCUUCCCUGGUUCCCCUUUUCUUCCCAUUAGAUUUGUCCUGUCAAGUUUUCCCAACUGCAGCCUCCAGGGCUAACAUCAAGGCAUUUCACUUUUCAUGAAAUCAGCAGAACAUUUGCCUCAUGUGGGCAAUCCCACUCAAACAGGAGAUUUUACCCAAAUCUACAUGACUUCCUACAUUUACCAUCAAACUGAGAGUGCUUCUCUGUCACUCAUGUGCAUCCCUCUCACCCAUCACAGCCUUACAUUUUUAGCCACUGUUUACAGCUCUGAGGAUAGGACCCACAACCCUGUAUGUGGUAGGAGUAGUCACAGCAGUCCUCAGCCACUCAAUUUAUCAUUUUCUAAUGUCAUGGUACCUUGAAAGUAACCAUUUUAGCUAAAAGUAAAUGCAAUUAAAAGCCCAGUUUCAGCUCAGUUGGCCGCAUGUAGCUGUGAUUACCACAGUACAGCCUACAUAGAAAAAGGCUGUAUGUGUUUGGGACAAGCUAAAUCUAGUUUUUCUGUGGUUAAGGAAAAGUAGGGAAUGUUUGGAUUACAUUUUGCCAUAUGGCUUGCAGAACCUCAGAUAUUUAUUUUCUGCCCUUUGUCAAAAAAGCUUUCCAAAGCCUGAUAUGGUGUAUAUAUGUAAUUUCAGCACUGUAGAGGCUUGGUCAGGAAGAUCCUAUUUAGACUAGCUGUACUAAUGAUCUCAAAAAACAAAAAAAAAUCCACUUCCUGCUAUAGACAUUUAAAAGGCUAUUUCAUAGGUCAGUGUCUCUAGUGUCACCAUGACGUUCACUUACUCCAUGCCAGUUACUUACCUUAAAGCUGGUGCUAGACUUUUAGUCUUCACCUUCCUGCAUUCUUGCUGUAGUUUACUCAUGGGUAUGUGUCAACAUUUUCAUAAAAUAUGUAUUGUAUUUUUAUAAAAUGUGUUUGUAUUAUAUAUGUUUAUAAUUGACUUCAGAGUUUGAGACCUUCCUGGUUGGCAGAUAUAGUUAUUUCUGUGAUUGUAUUAUAUCAUAUAAAUAAACCAGACUAAUGACGUCUUUUGAGACAUA